AUGUCUUCAACUGGAUCUCGAACCCCAACUCAACCUUCACGUCAAUCUUCCCAAGCUUCUCCACAAAGAAGUGGAAGUCCGUCGCUAAGACCGUUGAGUUCCGUCUACAACUCGCCAGUUCGUUCUCAAGGAAGUCGAGGUAGAUCUGCACAACCUCAAGAAAGUGAAAGGAGCUCGGUUCGGUAUGAAUCCGACAUGGAAACAUCAAGCAGAAUGGAUGGACAAAGCAGUGUUUCGAUGGUAUCAUCGCAAAGGAUGGGAUCGCAUACAAGACCUGACAUCAAUACCGCACCUGCUCAUCACCGUACCGUUCGAAUUGAGAAUGCCGAUGAUGAAUUGAUGGAAGGGGAGAAAGGUGCGGGAGAUGUGACAGCUCGAUUAUAUAUAUGGGGAACUCGGGAUAUAAUACCAUAUUUGGAUAUCACAGCAAAUGAACUAUUCCAAGAGAAGUAUCAAAAAGUGUUGAAUACACCAAUCGAAAUACGUCCGUUCAACGCUCAAAAGACUCGUAAUCUACGAGCUCUGAAUCCUGCAGAUAUGGAUCAGCUGAUAACAAUUCACGGAUUGGUUACGAGGACGUCGACUUUAAUACCCGAAAUGAGACAAGCUUUCUUUCAGUGCUCUAUUUGCAACAAUUCGGUCGAAGCAGAUGUGGAUCGUGGUCGUAUUGAAGAGCCAACAUCAUGUGCACACUGUCAUCAUACAUACACUUUUCAGCUGAUUCAUAAUCGUUCCCUAUUUAUGGACAAACAAAUCGUCAAGUUGCAAGAAUCACCUGAUGAUAUGCCAGCCGGUCAGACACCGCACACACUAACACUGUUCGUGCAUGGAAGUUUGGUGGAGUCAGUGCAACCUGGAGAUAGAGUAGCAGUUACGGGGAUAUAUCGAGCUGUGCCGAUACGAAUCAAUCCGGCAUUGAGAAAUUUCAACUCGGUUUAUAAGACGAAUAUCGACGUGUUGCAUUUCCGACGAACCGAUCAGAGUCGAUUGCAUCAAAUCAACGAUGGGUUGAGUUAUUUGUUUGUUCAAUGUUCGGUGUUAUUGUUGGAAUGUGAGUGA